UGAUCGAAAAGCAUUCAAUUUACAUAACCAGAUCAUAUAAUAAACAUUUCAAGCUGUGAUAACCAUGGCUACUCUCAUUGCUCCUAUGAAUCAUUCUCCUAAGGAAGAUGCAGAUGUACUUUGGAAGGCAGUCAAAGGGUGGGGAACUGAUGAGAGUGCUAUCAUAGCUAUAAUGGGUCAGAGAAAUGCUGUUCAAAGGCAACAAAUUAGACAAGCUUAUCAGGACAUUUAUCAAGAGGAUCUCAUCAAACGCCUUGAAUCUGAACUCUCUGGUAACUUUGAGAAAGCUAUGUAUAGGUGGAUAUUGGACCCAGCAGACCGUUAUGCUGUGUUGGCUAAUGUAGCCAUUAAGAGUAUUAACAAAGACUACCAUGUGAUUGUGGAAAUUGCAUCUGUCCUUCAACCUCAAGAGCUUUUGGCUGUAAGACAUGCCUACCACAACAGAUACAAGAAUUCAUUGGAAGAAGAUGUUGCUGCACAUACCUCUGGCUAUCAUCGACAGCUUUUGGUUGGAUUGGUGAGCUCAUUUAGAUAUGAUGGUGUUGAAAUCAAUCCAAUUUUGGCAAAACAUGAAGCUGAUAUUCUUCAUGAGGCUGUCAAAAACAAGAAAGGAAACAUUGAAGAAGUUAUCAGGAUCCUUAUUACAAGGAGCAAGACUCAACUUAAGGCAACUUUCAACCGUUACCGAGAUGAUCAUGGCUUUUCUAUAAGCAAGAAACUUUUGAAUGAAGCAUCUGAUGACUUCCUUAAGGCUGUGCAUGUUGCAAUUCGUUGCAUUGAUGACCACAAGAAGUACUAUGAAAAGGUUUUGCGUGGUGCGCUGAAAAGGAUUGGAACCGAUGAGGAUGGACUAACCCGUGUGGUGAUCACAAGGGCGGAGAAAGACUUGAAGGACAUCAAAGAGCUGUAUUACAAGAGAAAUAGUGUUCACCUUGAGGAUACAGUGGCUAAGGAAAUUUCUGGAGACUACAAGAAGUUCCUCCUUACUCUUUUGGGGAAAGGACACUAAAGUGCUUGUUAUAAGAACAUGUCUUAAAAUUGCUGUUUUGUUUUAAAUAAUAAAUAAUUGAUGGUGAUGACAAUAAUACUAUUAUAAUAAUUUAGAAA